AUGUCUUCUUCCGGCGUGGUGAGCAAGAAACUCAAGUUCAAGGGCGACAAGAGCAAGAAGAAGAAGAGGUCCCACAACCACUCCAGCGGAACUCAAAGUGGGCGCGAUGAGCUCGAAGCGCUCGCUGCUGCCGAUCCCACAGGAUGGAUGUUUCCCUCAGGACCAAACGAAAUCAAUGGACCCGCUUACAUCCUGCUCCCCACUGAGCCUCUAACAUGUCUGGCCUGGGACCCGCAUAGGCAAAGAGUCCAUGCCGUCCCGGUCGAAAUACCACAAGCACCUGAAGGCGCCAACGACCUUUCCGAAGCUGAAAUACUACAGACGAUCGAGCCGACGGAUGUGAACCAUGUCUGGGUGGUAUCGAGGUUGAGCGGGAGUGAAGAUGUAAUCAGUCUGCGGACGAGCACAGGAACAUUCUUGACGGCAGAGCCGUCUGGGAGUUUCACAGCCACCACCCCUUCCCGCGGUCCUCUCGAAGCUUUCAUUCCCCUCUCUUCCCCUACAUCCUCCGACCUCUUCCCAGCAUUCUCCUUCCAGACGCAGCACGGCUCCAAAUUCUUCUCCGCCCCCUCUUCCGGCGCCAAAGUGGAGCUCCGAGCCGACGCCGACGAGUCUGGAGCGAAUGAAGGACUGAGGAUCAAGUGCCAAAGAGAAUUCGUGUGGAAGGCUAGAGCAGGGGAUGACAAGUUGAGAGGAGAGAGGAAGGGGAUCGAGGUCGGGAGGGAUACAGAUGAACUGAGAAGACAGGAGAGAUUGAGCAGGCAUGAUGUCAAGGGACGUCUUUCUGCCAAAGACAGGGACGACGUGCAAAGGAAUGUGAAAGAAGGGCGAUAUGCUGAAGCUAUGUUGGAUAGAAGAGCGGCUCAGAAGAGCGACCGGUAUGCCAAGUAA